AUGGAUACCAAAUUGGAGGCGCGUGGCCAAUUUCCGGCCUCGUUUCCGGACACAUUCAAAAACUUCUUUGCUAUGAUGAACGAAGACGAGGAUCAUAUGGGGCUCUUUGCCAAUCUCCUGGAGGAUAAGGUAAUUCCCCGCCAGAAUAGCCCCGUGCCCGUCCAGCGUCAGCGCUACGGCGGCAGCAUGCGGAGCCACAGCGGGGGAGACAGUUCCGGCCGUCCCGGCCGCCACUAUCAUCCCCCCCAACAGCUGCAGCAGCAGCAGCAGCAGCAGCAGCAGCAACAGCAGCAGUUGCCGCAGGGCCAACAACAGCACAACAUGUCGGUCUAUCAGUCGCGCAGCCGGAGCGGCAGUGGCGGCAGCGGCUCGGACCUGAUCUCCGCCAGCAUCGGGAGUCGUCCCAGCUCACUGCGUCGCUCCCGGGCCUCACUUAGCUUCAGUACCAAUGGCUUGAAUGCCGCCGGUAUGGGGCCGGAUCCAGGUCCUGGUCCUGGUCCUGGUAGUGGCAGCGGCCUAGACCUAAGCCAGAGCCAAAAUCUCAAUCAAAAUCAUGGCCAGAAAUUAAAAUCGGCAGCUCAAUCGAGUGGAUCCAAUACGCAGCUGUGCAAGCACAUCAAGUACUGCUGCCUCCACCAGGAGGCCGUGUCCCAGCCCUCACAGACCGAUCCCGGCCAGAAGCAUGUGACCCUUGUCUGUGACUGCGAGAGGCUGAGGGAGAAACAGAAGCGUCUCGGACCCGAUGGCGAGGACAAUUGCGGCUUGAUCAAGCUUCAGGGCUAUGUGUAUGGCUAUGCCCCGCCACAGGUGUUGCCAAUAAAGCCAACGAAGCCAUCGAAGCCAUCGAAGCCAAUUAAGAUCAUGGCACCACCGUCGACCACCACGUCCAGCGAUGAGCCGAGAUCCUCCUCGCCCAGCACCACGGCGGCGGCCAAAAAUAAGAGCCUCCAGGAGCGGCAGGAGCGCACACAGGCUCGACAUUCGGUCAUUCUGGAGAGAGCAUUCGAUUUCGAUGCCAGUUGCGAUGAGAGCGAUAGCCUCAGUCUGAGCAGCAGCAACCAGGGACCAGUGCCAUCGCCAGCUCCCCAUCAAUUGGCCUACAAUGUGCUCAAGCCGAUCCUCAAGCAGCCACAGAAGCAACACCAGCAACAGCAGCAACAGCAGCAACAGCAGCAGCAGCAACACCUGCAACAGCAUCUGCAACAGCAACAGCAACAGAUACCGGUUCAUCCGAAGCAACAUCGCAUCCUGCCCACUCCACCCACGCACAGUGGCCUUGGGGCAUACCACACCCGCGAGGCUGCCUUGCAGCGUGUCCAGCAGCAAAGUGGCUUCGGUAGUCGUGGCAACCUGACCGCCAUUCCGGCCACUGCCACGUCUUAUGGCCAGGGACCCAGCACCUCGGCAGCAGCAGCAGCGGCCUACAAUGCCUACAGUCAAGCCCUGGAACAGUCGUUGCAGCAACUGCAGCAAGUGCAGUUUGAGUCGCAGCAGCCACAGGUUCAGUUCGAUUCACAGCAUGUGCAGUUUGAGCCACAACAAGUGCAGUUCGAUACUCACCAGCAACAGCAGGUGCAGUUCGAGGCUCAUCAGCAAGGCUAUGAUGUGGAAGAGCAGCAGUUCCUGGAGCAGCAGCAUCAGCAGCAGCAACAUCAGCAGCAGCAGCAACAUCAUCACCAUCAGCAGCAGCAAUUCCCGCCUGAGGAAUGGGAUUAUAGCACAGAUUCAAAUCCAAAUACAGUGCCGCUUCUUAGCACCUACAAUGAUUUCCUCAAUGCAGCCCAAAAUCCAACUGGUAGUCGACAGAGUCUUAGGGCCCAAAAGUCACCGAUUUUGAAUAGACGACGAGCCUCUUCGAUAGCCGGAAACCUGUUGCAUUCGGAGUACAAUUAUGGAACUCGAAAUAGCAUCGGUGGAGUCCCUUUGGAUCCUGAGGAUUUUCAACGCAUUUCGCACAGCAGUAGCGCCAGGGACCGCAUGUCCCUUGCUGGCGUCCUUACUUUCCAGCAAGCCAUUUCCGGUGCCGUGUCGCCGCAAUACGGUCCCAUUGGACUGGAUGCCGCGGACAUGAUGCCAGGUGGAGGAGGUUCCGCAGGUGCUGCAGCUGCUGGUGACCGAGGAGGAGGCGGCUUAAUUGGUAAUUUGGGAAACGGGAGUGGAGGCCUGCCGGGCGGUUCAGCCCACAAUCUCAGCGUUGGCGUUGGACUGGGAUUUCUGGGUGGCUCAAGCAGCACCUUAGCUGCUGUCGCCGAGGUGACUAGUGGGCCGGAUGCCACCUCCAGUGACUCGCUGUCCCCAGAAGUGGUAAUACCGGGACAAUGUACCACCACCAGAUCCACACAAACGCAACUGCAGCAGCAAUUGCAACAACAGCAGCAGCUGCAACAGCAACAGCAGCAGCAGCAGCAGCAACAGCAGCAGCGGGAGCGCGGUGUGGGCGUUGGCGAGUCCUUCGGAGGAGGCAGUGCCUCCAACUCCAAUAUGGCCAGUAUGGCCGCAGCUAAUGUAGUUUCAACAACAUCAUCACAGCCAGGACGAUCUCUGCUGGAACGACAACGCCUUAGGACAUCCAGCAUGCCAGCAGAGAGCCGAAGGCCCCGAUUGGCGGAUAUGCGCCGGUCUGCCAUCCAUACCGGUGAUCCAGACAUGGGCUACUAUCGUCUACGUAGCUUCAGUAUAACCUCUCACGGAGUUUGUAAUUUGGGUGACUCCCUAAGGAGCCGCAGGUCACGUUCGAUCAAAUCCGUGACAUCGACGGGCACAUCUACCAGCGGCCUGGAUCGUCACAAUAGCAACGCUUCGCGAGCCUCUGGAGAAGUCGUGGACGGUGGGGAUCCCAUGGUCCUGGGGGACAGACCACCGGAUGGGGAUCCCAAUGUGCCCGCCUUUAAGAUUGCCAUGCUCGGUGCCUCCGGCGUGGGCAAGACCACCCUGACAUACCAGUUCACCACAUCCGAUUACAUAUGCGCCUACGACCUGAGUCUCGAUGAUGACUAUGGACAGAAGAAGGUGUCGGUGCUGCUUGAUAACAUUGAGACGGAUUUGGAAAUUAUUGACCAUCCAGCGAGCGAGAUGUCGACGGAGGCCUUCUGUGCCACCUACAACAUCGAUCUGUUUGUGGUUGUCUACUCUGUGGUGGAUCGCAAAACCUUCAAGGAAGCGGAGCGCGUGCUGCAGUACCUCAAGGAGAACGAGAUGCUUCUCUCCCGGGGAGCCAUUCUGGUGGGGAACAAGACGGAUCUGGAGCGACAUCGAGUGGUGAAUCAGUACAUGGGUCGCUAUGUGGCCACCCAGAUAGCUUGCAAGUUCAUCGAGACAUCCUCCGGUCUGCAUCACAAUGUGGACGAGCUCCUAGUGGGCAUUGUGGCCCAGGUGAAGCUCAAUCCUCAGCGCCUGCGCCGCCUGACGGAGAAGGAGCUGUACGAGCUGCUGAAUCUCCAGAGCGCCAUCCAGAAGCAUAGCGGUAUGCAUCUGCAUGCCCGUCGCAUGGUCCGCCAGAUGAGUAUCUACCAAGGCGACGAGGAGGAGCAAGACGCGGAGGAGGAUGAGGAGAAGGAGAUGGAGAUGGAGAGUAUAUGACAGGAGGAGCAGCAGGCAGAGGGAGGAGGAGUUGGUGGUAGGAAGACCCGCAUAGAGAAUCCCAAUCGCAAGCCCUUGAACUUGGAGAGCAUCCUCAAGAUGGGCGAAAGUGAGAUCGAGGAUGGCGACGUCCUGGAAUCCACACAUCACCAUCAACAGCAGCUCAGCAAGUUCGAGUUGCUGACCGCCAACGAGGAGUUCCAUCGCCACCGAACGCCACGACGCCAACCCUUUGGCAAGAGGCGCUCCUUCGACGGUGCCACCUUCACGUCCACGGCAGCCGCCGCCAUGGCCGAGCUGCAGCGUCGCCAUGAACUCCGCGCCCUCGACGACUCCCAGAUCCCCGAUGAGGAGGAACGGCUACGGCACAGGAACAGAGACAGGGAUGGCAGGAAUGCCAGCGAGGAUGACGAGGAGGCUGCCGGGGGCACAGACCCGGGAGCACCUCGGAGCUCCUGCAACCGGAAGGUGGUCAAGAAGCUAACCGCCCGCACCAAGGUCUUCAUCUCGUCGGUGCUGCGCUUCAAGAAGUCCAUCAAUCUGAGGCGCCGCAACUCCUCCAGCUGCAGCGAUCUCUUUGUGAUCUAAGCUGGAGAGGAUCACGGCAAUGGGCGAGCCAUAGACUGACUGUACAUAGACGGGAAUCAAGGAGGAGAGAGUAGCAUAGAAUCAGGGUAAGUCUAGCGGAUGUAAGGGUGAACAGGGAUGGAUGCAAAAGAGCGUGGGGAGAGCACAGCGAGAGGGAUCCACAAGAAACUACAGGGAGUCGUCACCAAUUUUAGUCAGAAAUAUUUUUUAGAGCACCAUCUUGAGGCAGUUCUUCAAGCUCCGAGAGGAGCUUCCGGCGAGAAUGUUAAAGGGUUCGAAAGAUUUUACUAAAGCUGCAAAUGCCGACAAUAAUUUUCAGUCCAAUGAAUAUUGAUCAGCAGACUUUUUAAGUAGCAACCAAUCGGAAUAAAAAUAAAAUACCUGAGGUAUAAAAAAGGUAU